AUGACUGUCUUUUCUUUCCACAGCAAGCAUCCUUCCAACAGGUUUGAUGGCAUCCGUGGAACAUUAAAACAUUCCUCCUCAGUGGAUGCUAUCAAGAGUGGGCAGAGUUACUGGGAAAAGACACGACAGCUGAGACACAGCUGUAAUGCUGGUACGGGAACCAUUAGAAAGAGCAGUGUGCCAGUUGGGACAUCAGACACUGAUUCACGCUGCCUGACCAAUAGCCAGCAGAUGACCCAGAGCAUACUGGACACAAAGAUAGACGCCUUUGUGGCAUUACAUCCUGGUGAAAUCAGACCUCCCUGCAAACUGAUUGACAGAACACACCACGUCACUGAGAAAGUUACCCAGGUGCUGUCUCUGGGUGACGAUGUCUUACCAGAGUAUAAACUGCAGACUCCUAGGAUCCAAAAGUGGACCAUCCUUCACUACAGUCCAUUCAAAGCUGUGUGGGACUGGGUCAUUUUGCUCUUAGUCAUUUAUACAGCCAUAUUCACUCCUUAUUCUGCUACAUUUCUACUCAGUGACCAGGAGGAGGCAGCCAUGCAGACUUGUGGUUACUCCUGUUCACCCCUUAAUGUUGUGGAUCUUAUAGUGGACAUCAUGUUCAUUGUUGACAUCAUCAUCAACUUCAGGACCACAUAUGUCAACUCCAAUGAUGAGGUGGUGAGCAUGUCUUCUCGGAUUGCUGUCCACUACUUCAAAGGGUGGUUCCUCAUUGACAUGGUGGCAGCCAUUCCCUUUGACCUCCUCAUCUACCGCUCAGGAGAGGAGGUGACCACCACACUGAUAGGCUUACUGAAGACAGCUCGGUUACUGCGAUUGGUUCGUGUAGCCAGGAAGUUGGACCGUUACUCAGAGUAUGGUGCAGCUGUGCUCUUCCUCCUCAUGUGCACCUUCGCCCUCAUCGCCCACUGGCUGGCCUGCAUCUGGUAUGCCAUAGGUAAUGUAGAGCGGUCGACCUCGGCUGGGAUCGGCUGGUUGGACAAUCUGGGCGAACAGCUGGGGAGGCCGUACAAUGACUCCAUCAUCGGGUCGGGUCCUUCCAUUAGAGAUAAAUAUGUCACAGCUCUGUACUUCACCUUCAGCAGUCUGACCAGUGUGGGCUUCGGGAACGUCUCCCCAAACACCAACUCUGAGAAGAUCUUUUCCAUCUGCGUCAUGCUUAUUGGCGCUUUGAUGUAUGCCAGUAUUUUUGGUAAUGUGUCAGCCAUUAUCCAGCGGCUGUACUCUGGUACGGCUCGCUACCAUGCCCAGAUGAUGAGAGUUCGAGAGUUCAUCCGCUUCCACCAGAUCCCCAACCCUUUGAAACAGCGGCUGGAAGACUACUUCCAACAUGCAUGGUCAUACACUAAUGGGAUAGACAUGAACGCUGUUUUAAAAGGUUUCCCAGAGUGUCUCCAGGCAGAUAUUUGUCUCCACCUAAACAGGUCACUGCUGCAAAACUUUAAGGCUUUUAAAGGAUCCACUAAGGGCUGUCUGAGGGCGCUAGCUAUGAGGUGUAAGACCACCCACGCUCCUCCUGGUGACACCCUAGUGCAUGCUGGAGACUUGAUAUCAGCUCUGUACUUCAUCUCCAGAGGAUCCAUAGAAAUCCUCAAAGGAGACGUGGUGGUAGCUAUACUGGGGAAGAAUGAUAUCUUCGGAGAGCCCAUCAAUCUGUACGCUCUGCCAGGACAAUCCAGAGCUGAUGUCAGAGCUCUGACCUACUGUGAUCUGCACAAGAUACACAGAGAGGAUAUGCUGGAGGUUCUGGGCAUGUAUCCUGAAUUUUGUGAAUAUUUCUGGUCCAACUUGGAAAUCACCUUCAAUCUCAGAGAUCUUCUUGCUUCGGUAGCUCGACGCAGAUGA